UCUGGAGGAUAAGUAUUUGUACUACCCUUCGGUAGCAUCUCAAGUAUUCACUUUGCGUCUAAAUCUAGUUAGCUGGAAUGCUGGAUAUCUUGUCCAUAGGCAUGCACUGAAAAUUCCAAUCUUGGUAAGAAAUUGUGGCAAUCAUGAUCCGUGUCUGAACUGGAUAACUUAAUCCCAAGCGAACAUGUAAUCUGAUCAAUUCUGAUCGUAAGAUCCCGUGGAUACUGCCCGGCAGGUUCUCUAUUUCUUUGUCUUCAUCUCUUUGUCAUCAUGAUAUGAUCAAUGAUCAUAUCAUGAACAUCAAUCAAGUGAUAAAACCCCUGCCAAGUUAGGGUUGCAGCUUUUGAACUAGCUGUGAGAACUGCUUUAAACUAUGCAAAGCUCUUCGUGACCUCUGUAUUCUUCAAUUUUCCUGGUGAUGUGCUAUGAAAAAGCUUAUUCAUUAAUGUUGCCAUGAAGAAAGUGCUUUUCAUCUCACUUAUUAUUUGCAUACUGUACGUUGAACGUAUUUUGUGAGGGUGUACACAUACCCUAUAUUCUUGACAAACAUGAAGUCCAGAUGUAGUGCGGAUUUGUGGAACAUUGUGAAGAGGUUGCCCAUCAUGGCACAAAGGAGUAUCUUCAUCUUUCUAUCCUAUCUUAAAGUCCUGAACUUGUUCCUAUACUCUUAAUUUGCUGGUGCUUUUUGGUACUUUUCUUGAUGCUAAUUUCACAGCUGUUUAUUGAUGUGCAACAUGCUCUGUCACCAUCUCUUGAAGAUAUUCUUUGGGAUGAAUUUGAUCGGGAUGAUGAUCACGUAGUACCCCACCAAAAUGGGAUUGAACCAGCAUUUAAAGGUGAUAGUUGUAAGAAACGUCGGCGUGAAGUAAUUGACAUUUCACAUAAGGCUGCUGACCGUUCAACUUCCAAGCAUGCUAAUCAGGGGAAGGGGGAUGGGUUUCAACUUCUGAAAAAUACGAGGGGAACAAUGUUGGAGAAGGAUAACAGGUCUCAUACACCUGAAGGUGUGUUUUCUGCUUCACAUGAUCAUGACUCAAACAACGAAGUGACAAGCUUAGCAUCUCAUAACACAGCAAUAUCCAAUCGUUGCUUCAAAAGCAGUAAAACAGAGACAAUUGGUUCUGAGUUCUGUGAUGAUGGACCUCUAAUUGGUGGAAGUUGUGAUGUGGUUGAUAGUAACUCCUACUGUUAUUCUCUAGGGGACAUUUCUCAAACAGACAAUGAUCUCAAUUACUACGAUAUUUCAAGCUAUGACGACGUGGACAGGAUGUAUAGCUGCGAUUCCUUGUUUGGCAAUGAAGAUGAGUUUAGUUGGAUGAAGGAUACUAUUGAAGGAUCCGAGGGAGUGUUGAUGCCUGACUUCAAGUUUUCAUGUCUUGAGUCAAGUCUGUUUAAAGAUAAACCUGUACAACAUGAACAAUGCUCUUCAGUCAACAAUUCCAACUUGGACAGUUCAUCUAUGAGCUCUAAACUUCCUUUUCCUGCAUCAGAAGAUGAGGAGCCCAAAGCUCUUGGUGACUGGACAUUCAUGAAUGGAUCUAAUCUUGCUUCUGAAAGCAACAGCGAGUUCACACCUAAAGAGCAGGUCAUUUUUCAUGAGAAUCAGGCAAAGCACAAUGAUGAAUCAGAAGGAAAUAGAAAGGAUGGAUGCUUAGAAAAUGGUGGUUCGUUCCAUCACACUGGCAAUGUGAGGAUUAAAGACGCGAAGCUUCCUUCAGGGGACUCAUGUCAUGAAGUUUUCACCUCUCCCGACAUUCUGAAACAAGAGGAAAACUUAGGAUCUAAUUCUUUUGGUUAUUUGGAGACCCAUAUCGCGUGCAUGAUUUCUUCAGAUCAAGUUCCAGGUAGUUCAACAGCAAAUGGAAUUAAGUCCAAAACUAAUGGUCUUGGAUCUCUUUCUGCGGAGGAGUCUUCUUAUGCAUCAAACCCAGUGUCCAUGGAGAUAUAUGACGAUUAUUCGUUCCAGGCUCCUUCUAUGACUGUGGAUAAAAAAAGAAAAAACAUGCCGUGUCACCAAGGAUUUCAACCCUCAUUUUCCAGCAAUCCUAAACAUGUGGAUUUACUGGUUCAUGCUGUAUCCUGUGAUUCAAUUCCAGUCUCAAAUCAUGCCCUUCAUUUUAAAACUGAGGUUGAAAAUUCUAUUAAUGCCAAAGGUGUUGUCAUGAGGACGCCAGCAGAUUUAGAUACACCCUCUUGCAUCAGUUCUGGAUCUGAGAAAAUCCCAUUCAAAGCAUCUAGUUUUCACCAGCUUCAACUAGUCAUGGAUCAGCUGGAUUUAAGUACAAAACUAUGUAUAAGGGAUAGUCUGUACCGCUUGGCCAGGAGCGCUGAACAAGGACAUCAUUAUGCCAAUAUGAAUGGUGGCAAUAUUGGUGAUAGAGACAAUGGUGGAGUGCUGAUGGAUGAAGGAACGAAUAAUUGCAACGGAUUUAUGGAAAUUGAAACAAACCCUAUAGACCGGUCUAUAGCACGCCUGUUAUUUCACAGGCCUACGGACUCAUCUGUAAUGCCAUCUCUUGAUUGUUCGUCUCUCAAGUCAAAUACAAAGAUUCCGGGGUCUAUCACAAGUCCACCUGUGAUUUCCGAGAAACGACCUAGUCGAGAAAAAACUGCCCAUGAAGCAGAUAAUGUAGUGGUCACUGACAGUGGUGAAUGAUAGCAUUAGCUUCAGAAGAGUUCGUGUUAAAUAUGUUUAUAGUGGAGUGAGUAAACGGUGUGAUCUUUGUACAGAUUAGAUUUUAGUUGCACCCAUGGAAAUGCCAGGUUUGAUGCCAUGUUUUUAGCGUCUUCUCUGAAGUUCAUUUUCAUUGGCAAUUAUCCUUGUAACAGUCUCCAUGUUGAGCUAAAUGUUACUAAUCUUUUAGUGAUGCCAACCAGUUGGGAUGAUACCUUGUUUAUGUAAUUUGACUUAGAUUACUCUUACUUUGGAAGUGUUGAUUAGCUGUGAAUGUGGCUAUGUUGCAAUGAA